AUGGUCUCCAGCUACGUGUACCUCCUGGGUCUAUCCCAGUUCCUGACCUCGGCACUGUCAGCAAAUACCGGAAGAGUCUGCGCGCCUGAAACCUUUGCAUCUCUCAGCCUCCCCAGUAUCGAUGUCCUCUCCAUUGAUGCUGAGCUCAACAAUGCCAGCUUUGACGUCGACGAUUCCACGAACGCCUAUCCGGUUGCAACGAACAAGACAGUGGAAGUGUGCCAGCUCACGGUGAACUACACCCAUCCGGGCUGGAACGAUAAUGUGACGACUUGGAUUUCGCUGCCGGUCGAUAAUUGGAAUGGCCGAUUCAUGGGAAUGGGCGGCGGUGGUUGGAUCAUGGGCACACGGGGCCGAUUGAGUCAGGCCGUCUUUGGCGGGUAUGCUGCUGCAUCGACGAAUGGCGGACAUGACGAAGCUGCGACUGUCAAGUCGUGGGGUCUUUCCAGUGAGGGAAAUGUGAAUUGGGCAAAUAUGCAGGACUUCAGCGCGGUUUCUCUUGACGAUGCUGCUUCGCUGGGAAAGGCUGCUACCAAGAUGUUCUAUGAAAAGCCUCACAAGUACGCUUACUGGAAUGGUUGCUCGACUGGAGGUCGCCAGGGCCAUAUGAUGGCUCAGCGGUACCCGACUCAAUAUGAUGGUAUCCUGGCUGGAUCGCCUGCUAUCAACUGGGACAAGUUCAUCCCGUCUGAGUUCUGGCCUCAGAUGUUGAUGAAUGCUCUCGACUACUACCCUUCAGCCUGCGAGCUCAAUGCCUUCACCGAACACGCCAUCGAUGAAUGUGAUGCGCUGGACGGCGUGAAAGACCGCAUCAUUUCCGUCCCGGGACUCUGCAAAUACAAUGCCACAUCCCUCGUCGGCAAGACAGUGCAGUGCUCAUCCAACAGCACCGUCAAAAUCACCCCCAAGGCCGCCAAAUACGUGACCCUCGUCUGGGCCGGUCCUCAAGACCCCUCCGGCUCAUCCCUGUGGUACGGACUCUCUCACGACGCAACUCUGACCCGUCUGGCCGGCACGAACUGCACCCUGCCCUCGAAGAACUGCCAGCCCAUCCCAUUCCAGAUCUCCGCAGACUGGCAACAGAUCUUCCUGGCCCGCAACUCUUCCCUGGACGUGGCAGACAUCACCUACACAGAGUACAUUCGUCAUUUCCGCCAAUCCGUCAACGAGUACAGCUCCAUCAUCGGGACUCGCGAUCCCGAUUUGACGGAUUUCAAGCAAGCGGGCGGCAAGAUGAUUGCCUGGCACGGCAUGAAGGAUCCGUUGAUCUUCUUCAACGGCACGGAGAACUACUACCGACAGGCUAUGGAGAUCGAUCCCAGCAUUCAGGACUAUUAUCGCUUCUUUGCGGCCCCUGGUGCUGAUCACUGCAAGGGUGGGAUUGGAUUCUAUCCUGGAAGUAGUUUGGACUCGCUGGUGAACUGGGUGGAGAAUGGUACUGCGCCGGACACUUUGCGGGCUAUUGCUACGCCUACUGGGACUGAUAGUGCGAAGCUGCCUCUGCGGACGGCGGACUUGUGUGCGUAUCCUAAGUUCUUGACUUAUGUUGGGGGUGAUGCGAGCAAAGCGUCCUCCUUUACUUGUAAAUAG